CCGCACCAAAUCCCACCAUCGUGCACCAACUAACCAAACCAAACCAAACCAAACCAAAGGAGCAAGGAAAGAGAAGACUCAUCUCAAUUUCAUAACAGAACGGCACCGUUUCCUCCAUUCCAAUCACCGGCCGGCGAUGGAUUUAUGGCAAAGAGCUCGAAACUUCGCCGAGGAAGCGGCGAAGCGGUCCCAAGAGCUGACCAAAGAGGCGGCGAAGAAAUCGCAGAACCACAUCACCAUGAUCGGAUCCUCCUCCGCGAGGCUGUCCGACAUCGUUUCGGAGGCGUCCAGGAAGUCCAAGGAGAUCACCGCCGAGGCCUCCAAGCGGGCCGACCAGAUCAAGGCCGAGGCGCUCAAGCGGGCCGACCUGAUCAAGUCGCAGAUCCCCACCUCCGCAGCCGCGCUUUCGUCGCUCGUCGUCGACGUCUCUUCGACGGAGGUGGCCGCGGUGGAGGACGGGGAUCUCGAGAGGUUCGGGGUUACAGAGGAGCUGAGGGAGUUUGUUAAGGGGAUUACAUUGAAUACGUUUCGUGAUUUUCCGUUGGAAGAUGAUGCAGAAAUGUCUGAUAUUCCCGCGGUCUCAAAUGUUAGGCAAGACCUUACAGCAUGGCAAGAAAAACAUGCCAAACUUGUCCUCUUGACCGUCAAGGAAAUCUCGAAAUUAAGAUACGAGUUAUGCCCUCGUGUGAUGAAAGAGAGGAAGUUCUGGAGAAUAUAUUUUAUUCUGGUUAAUAGUCAUGUUUCUCCGUUUGAAAAGAGGUACAUGGAAGAGGCUAAGCAAAAUUCUGCUGAACAAGUGGAAGACGACAAAAUGAUCGAAACUUCAACAGGUGGAACCACUUCUAAAACAGCAGCAGUGGGGAUGAACCAGAAAAGUAAAACCUCAUCAGCUACUGAGCAGGACUUGGAUGUCUUUCUUCUGGGAGACCUUGGCGAUAGUGAUGAUGCUCCAGAGGAGGGAGAUGAGGACUUGGAUGAUGAUUUUGACAAGAUCUAGCUUGAAGAUGAAAAAUAGAGAACAACUGAAAAUCAUACCAGUGGCUGCACACCAAGAUAAAAAGCAACUCAUGUGUAGAUGAGGAUUAAAUAUUGCCAUCAAUUGGAGAGAACUAUUGGUUGGGGUAACCAAUAAUGAUCCUGCUAUCUCCAAAAUUAAUUUUUCCAUUCCAUUCUCUAUUGUUCUAAUUCAUUUGUUCUUUUUUCCCUCAUUCCCCUUUGGGUGAAAAGUUGGAGUUGGAUAUUGUUGGGGGGUUUUUUGGGGCUGUAAAAUGGUCGAUGACCACUAGGAAUUGUAGGUCAAUUUUUAUUUUCUGCGUGGCUUUUAAACACUAAGAAACAACAGAUGACUAUGCUGUACUUCCAAUAUCUUUUCUGAAGAUGCGAGUUGUAUACUGAAUAUACUUGUAAAAAAAAAGAGUACUACUAUAUA